AUGAGCUUUUCCAAACGUUACCAUGAAUCUUUUGUUUGCUCUACAAGCGCACCAUGUACCAACUGUGACAGUAACAACGUGACCUGUGUUGACGGUGUGUGUCCACCUCGCUGUGUCAAUGUGUCGUCAUCUGGAGAGUGUCUCCAGUGUCGGGACUCCAGGUUCUAUGGUGAACAGUGUGAACAUGACUGUCCAGACACCUGUCUCAACUCUCGCUGUCAGAUGAACAACACCCGUGCUGUGUGUACAGAGGGAUGUGUGGCCGGGAGGAAGGGAGAUAACUGUGGCGUGAACUGUCCUAAAGCCUGUACACAGUGUGAACGUUAUGGUGAUGGUUGUACAGGACCGUGUCAGAAUGCCCUGUAUUACGGUCCAAACUGUAGAACACCUUGUUCCUCCAACUGUACAGAUGGAUGUAAUAGGAUCACGGGGGAGUGUGACAGCUGUAAGCCAGGUUACAAGUGUGAUGUUACCUGUCCCCCUAACUGUAGAGAUGGAUGUGAUAAAGACACGGGGGAGUGUGUCAGCUGCGUGUCGGGUUACAGAGGGAAGAACUGUAAUGACACCUGUCCCCCAAACUGUAGCGAUGGAUGUGAUAAGGAGAUCGGAAAAUGUGAUGGUUGUAAUCCAGGGAACAGUGGGAAGUACUGUAAUAUCUCCUGUCCUACCACCUGUAGGGAAGGAUGUAAUCAAGACGGCGGUUGCAACGAGACAGGAAACAACGUAGUUAUUGCUGUUGUGAUAAUAGCAGGGAUCCUGGGCCUUGUGGUUCUGAGUGUGACCAUUCCGCUUGUGUGUAAUCAAGUACAGAAGAGAUCCACGGCAAGGGUUGUUGCUCCAGACAUAGAACAGGACAUAUCCGAACAUUCCUAUGACAACAUUGAUAACACAUUCUUUGAUAUGGAAGACAAAGUAGCUGAUGCUGUACCUGUUGACGAUCCCAACAACACACGUUCCCUACGCAGCUCGCAUCCCAUAGGAGCAUCCGCUGAAGAGCCGCAGAGAGCCAACCACAAGGAAUUCAUCACUGCACCUGUGAUGAAAGGAGGUGCAGAGCGCCUCUCCAAUGAAACUAUAGUUGUCUUCCUGCCAAAGCCAAGUGUUCAUGUGCACUAUAUCAAUACAACGCCCAGACCAGAAGACAUUUUGCACGAUUACAAUUACAACUCGUGGGUGACCAUGGCGACCCUAGCUGUGACGAUCACACUGGUCAUCUUGAUAUCAGUGCCAACACUUGCACCUUCCAGUGGUCUCUGUACCGACUGUGAGGACAAUAAAAGAAUAUGUGUUGGAGGAGUGUGUGCGCUACGGUGCGUCAAUCUGACGUCAUCUGGACAGUGUCUCCAGUGUCGGGACUCCAGGUUCUAUGGUAGACAGUGUGAACAUGACUGUCCAGACACCUGUCUCAACUCUCGCUGUCAGCUUGACAACAGCCUGGUUAUGUGUACAGAGGGAUGUGUGGUCGGGAAGAAGGGAGACAACUGUGGGGCGGACUGUGAUGCAGCAUGCACACAGUGUGAACGUUAUGGUGAUGGUUGUACAGGACCGUGUCAGAAUCCACGGUAUUACGGUCCACUCUGUAGAACACCUUGUCCCCCAAGCUGUAGCGAUGGAUGUGAUAAAGAUAGGGGGAAAUGUGGUACCUGUAUAACAGGUUACCUGGGAACGUACUGUAAUGUUACCUGCUCUUCCCAAUCUUGUAUAACAUGCGACAAAGAUACAGAAAAGUGUACACAAUGUGAUGAGAGCCACAUUGAGUGUAACGAUGGAGUAUGUCAGGGAGAAGCCUGCCACUCAGAUGCCACCACAGCCUUACCAGAGAAACCCGAUGGUUUGACCACUGUCCACAUCUUAAUGAUUGUUUGCUCCGUCCUGUCAACACUUCUGUUGGUCGGGGCUCUGCAGGCUGUUAAGAAGAAAUGUAAAAAACGAAGAAGGUCCCACCAGGAUGCUAUUACAGACUCUUCUACCCAAGCUGAAGGCAGUGGAUCAAGUACGUAUUUGGCGCAUAAAUACUGGGAGAUCAACGACCAGGACGUGGGCCCUGGUAUGGAACAGGCUUUGUUGACCAACAGACGCAAACAGAGCGUGGCAUUCGUCAAAGAAUCUGUAUAUGAACAGACGAGCAAAGAGAACAGGGUGAAGGAAGAGAUCGAUGUUGUGCCGGAUGUUAAACCCAAAGUUGAUGAUACUGUAAUCGCGAAGGUUGAUGUUGCUCCGGUAGAUGCGGUAGACUGUAACAAAUCAGAAUGGCAUCCCGAGCAUAUCUAUGAACCUGUGUCAGGCUCCAAGUUGGAAGGUGCUGAAGGACAAUCACACACAGUCACACACGAGGAUAGGCAGAUGAGCAGUGAGUCUCUGCAGUUGUUGGAAUUAAUCGCUGCAUCUGCUAAUGCAGAUGUGAGAUAUCUAACAACACGGAGCUCUGAGGACUCACAUGAUGACAUUAGUGAUGAGUGCACACCUUGUAGCAACUGUGACGGUAACAACGUGGCCUGUGUUGACAGUGUGUGUCUACCUCGCUGUGUCAAUGUGACGUCAUCUGGAGAGUGUCUCCAGUGUCUAGACUCCAGGUUCUAUGGUAAACAGUGUGAACAUGACUGUCCAGACACCUGUCUCAACUCUCGCUGUCAGAUGGACAACAGCCGUGUUGUGUGUACAGAGGGAUGUGUUGCCGGCAAGAAGGGAGAUAACUGCGGUGUGAACUGUCCUACAGCCUGUACACAGUGUGAACGUUAUGGUGAUGGUUGUACAGCACCGUGUCAGAAUCCUCGGUAUUACGGUCAACACUGUAGAACACCUUGUUCCUCCAGCUGUACAGAUGGAUGUAAUAGGAUCACGGGGGAGUGUGACAUCUGUGAGCCAGGUUACAUGGGGGACAAGUGUAAUGUUUCCUGUCCUCCAACCUGUAGAGAUGGAUGUGAUAAAGACACGGGGGAGUGUGGCAGCUGUGAGCCAGGUUACAUGGGGGACAAGUGUAAUGUUUCCUGUCCUCCAACCUGUAGAGAUGGAUGUGAUAAAGACACGGGGGAGUGUGACAGCUGUGAGCCAGGUUACACAGGGGACAAGUGUAAUGUUACCUGUCCCCCCAACUGUAGAGAUGGAUGUGAUAAAGACACGGGGGAGUGUGGCAGCUGUGAGCCAGGUUACUCAGGGGACAGGUGUGAUGUUACCUGUUCCCCCAACUGUACAGAUGGAUGUGAUAAAGACUCGGGGGAGUGUGACAGCUGCGUGUCGGGUUACAGAGGGAAGAACUGUAAUGGUGCCUGUCCCUUCAGCUGUAGAGGUGGAUGUGAUAAGGAGACCGGAAAGUGUGAGGGUUGUAAUCCCGGAAACAGUGGGGAGUAUUGUAAUAUCUCCUGUCCUAUCACCUGUAGGGAAAGAUGUCAUCAAGACGGUGGGUGCAUCGUGACCGGAGGACAAAUUUCCCCUUUCCAAAUAACCACUGGAAUCCUGGCGAUGAUUGUCAUUUUGGUGAUGGGGAUAUUGAUCCUGCAACGAUUAUCAAAACGUGUGGAAAGACGUGCCUCCUCAACGUCGCCUCCUCCGGAAGGUCGGACACAGCCGGGCCCAGCUGGUGAUUCAGGGGAUCUCCACGACAAUAAUGGAGGGACACAGCCAGGGCCUACAAGCAGCUCGGGGGAUCUCCUCGACAGGGAUGAUUGGACAACAAAAUACUGGGUGCUGGAUCUGAUGUUUGAUUAUUCUGCAACUGGCAUGAUGGAGGAUCUUGUGGACGGUUACAACGUGAUCUGUGUUGACGGUGUGUGUCUACCUCGCUGUGUCAAUGUGACGUCAUCUGGAAAGUGUCUCCAGUGUCGGGACUCCAGGUUCUAUGGUAAACAGUGUGAACAUGACUGUCCAGACACCUGUCUCAACUCUCGCUGUCAGAUGAACAACAGCCUGGUUGUGUGUGCAGAGGGAUGUGUGGCCGGCAAGAAGGGAGAUAACUGUGGUGUGAACUGUCCUACAGCCUGUACACAGUGUGAACGUUAUGGUGAUGGUUGUACAGGGCCAUGUCAGAAACCCCGGUAUUACGGUCCACACUGUAGAACACCUUGUUCCUCCAGCUGUGCAGAUGGAUGUAAUAGGAUCACGGGGGAGUGUGUCAGCUGUGAGCCAGGUUACACAGGGGACAAGUGCGAUGUUACCUGCCCCCCCAACUGUGGAGAUGGAUGUGAUAAAGACACGGGGGAGUGUGACAGCUGUGAGCCAGGUUACAUGGGGGACAAGUGCGAUGUUACCUGUCCCCCCAACUGUGGAGAUGGAUGUGAUAAAGACACGGGGGAGUGUGGCAGCUGUGAGCCAGGUUACACAGGGGACAAGUGCGAUGUUACCUGUCCCCCCAACUGUGGAGAUGGAUGUGAUAAAGACACGGGGGAGUGUAUAAAGUUAGGUGAGCAUUGUUAUCAUCAUUAA